CAUCAUCCCUUCUCGUUUUCUCUUAUGUUGUGUCCAACUUCGACUUUGAAUGAUCCAUUUCGCUUCUCAUUAAGCUUUCAAUUUCUUUCAUCUUCCUUUCGCAUUUCUUCUUUGCCAGCUCCCUGAAUCUCUGGGUGAAGAUAUGGCGGCAAACGGAAACGGAGUGUCGACCGCGCCAAAGAGUCCUCUGGCGAGGAUUUUGACGCAUAAGAACGGAAUCUGUCACGAUGAUAGUGGGAAGCCUGUUAAGGCUCAGACGAUUGACGAGCUUCACUCUUUGCAGAAGAAGAGAUCCGCUCCGACAACGCCUCUCGAUGGCGCCCAGGGAACUUUUGCCACAAUGUCCGAAGAUGAGCGCCAGCGCCAGCAGCUUCAGUCCAUCAGUGCAUCUUUGGCGUCACUGACUCGAGGGACAGGGCCGAAAUUGGUGCGAGGAGAUCCGGCAGGGAAAGUUCAGCCGGUGGCGCAUGUGUCGCACCACCACCAUGUGGAGGUACCAACCAUCAGCGUCAGCGACAGUUCCUUGAAAUUCACUCAUGUCCUAUACAACCUCUCUCCUGCAGAGUUGUACGAGCAGGCGAUAAUGUACGAAAAGGGCUCUUUCAUUACAGCAACCGGUGCUCUAGCCACCCUAUCAGGAGCUAAGACCGGGAGGGCCCCUAGAGAUAAGAGGGUUGUUAUCGACGACACCACCCAAGACGAGCUUUGGUGGGGAAAGGGCUCACCCAACAUUGAAAUGGAUGAGCAUACCUUCUUGGUGAACAGAGAAAGAGCUGUCGAUUACUUGAAUUCUCUGGACAAGGUUUUCGUGAACGAUCAAUUCUUGAACUGGGAUCCAAAGAACAGAAUCAAAGUCCGGAUUGUCUCUGCUAGAGCUUAUCAUUCUUUGUUCAUGCACAACAUGUGUAUCCGACCCACUCCUGAAGAGCUGGAGAAUUUCGGUACUCCGGACUUCACUAUAUACAAUGCCGGACAGUUCCCGUGUAAUCGUUAUACACACUACAUGACAUCCUCCACUAGCAUAGACCUUAAUCUUGCUAGGAGUGAGAUGGUCAUCCUCGGCACCCAGUACGCCGGGGAAAUGAAGAAGGGUCUUUUCGGUGUCAUGCAUUAUCUCAUGCCUAAGCGUCAAAUCCUCUCCUUACAUUCUGGCUGCAAUAUGGGGAAAGAUGGAGAUGUUGCCCUCUUCUUUGGAUUGUCAGGUACUGGUAAGACCACACUGUCUACCGAUCACAACAGGUAUCUGAUCGGAGAUGAUGAGCACUGCUGGAGUGACAAUGGUGUGUCAAACAUUGAAGGUGGUUGUUAUGCUAAGUGCAUCGAUCUUUCAAGGGAGAAGGAGCCUGAUAUCUGGAAUGCUAUUAAAUUUGGCACCGUGUUGGAAAAUGUAGUUUUUGAUGAACAUACAAGAGAGGUGGAUUACAGCGAUAAAUCUGUUACAGAGAACACUCGUGCAGCCUACCCGAUUGAAUACAUUCCCAAUGCUAAGAUACCAUGUGUUGGUCCACACCCCAAAAAUGUCAUACUUUUGGCAUGUGAUGCCUUCGGUGUCCUUCCACCUGUGAGCAAGCUGAGUCUGGCUCAAACCAUGUACCAUUUCAUCAGCGGCUACACGGCUUUGGUGGCAGGCACAGAAGAUGGUAUUAAGGAGCCAACAGCAACAUUCUCUGCUUGCUUUGGCGCAGCAUUUAUCAUGUUGCAUCCAACCAAGUAUGCUGCCAUGCUUGCUGAGAAAAUGCAGAAGCAUGGGGCAACAGGGUGGCUUGUCAACACAGGCUGGUCUGGUGGAAGCUACGGGUCUGGAAACCGUAUCAAGUUACCAUACACUCGAAAAAUCAUUGAUGCCAUUCAUUCUGGUAGCCUCUUGAAGGCAACUUACCGGAGAACCGAGGUGUUUGGGCUAGAGAUCCCCACCGAGAUCGAGGGAGUGCCUUCUGAAAUCUUGCAUCCUGAGAACACCGUAAGUUGUCCCUUCUUCAACCAUAUGUUACUCGGAUUUUACCUUGGAAGUUUGAUGUAUAUGGGUAUUGUAUUACAGUGGGCUGACAAGAAGGCUUACAAGGAGACACUGUUGAAAUUGGCUGGACUGUUCAAGAACAACUUUGAGACUUUCACCAAUUACAAGAUUGGCAAAGACAACAAGCUGACUGAGGAGAUCCUGGCAGCUGGUCCAAACUUCUAAAUUCAAACGCCGUUAGCCGAUUUGCAUAAAGUCAAUGAAUGUGAUAGAAAUAAAGAGUUUGUUAGCAUUAUUAUAAAGAUGUAGUUCUUUGUUGGGUUUCCAAUUACAAAUGAAUUUUCUUC